UGCGAUGAUAGGUGCGCUUCAUAAAUAUUCAGUGUUCCCAGUGCAGCCCCCUCGUGCAUGUUUGAAUCGAUUCGAGCGGGUCGAUCACCGUUGCUCUCUCUUGCUUUAGGACUAAACCGGGGAUAAAAAACUCGCCCACCGGAUUAUGUAAUUGAGACCAAAUGAGCGGACUAUUACUGUGAUUGAUUGUAUUUAAAUGAGAAUCAAGGCUGAGCUGCUGGACAAGAGAUCAAGAUGAGGAAGGUUGUGGAGCUGUUGCUCCUCGUGUUGGUACUAACACACACAGCCAGGGGUCAGGGCAGGAGGAGGAAGGGCCAGAGAGACGACAACCAGGUCUUCCAAAAUGAAGGGAAAAUUCUGAUCUGCCCGGUGGAGAUCAUGUUCAUCCUGGACAGCUCAGAGAAGGCCAAGGUGCUGCUGUUUGAGAAGCAGAAAGACUUCGUCCUGCGUAUCAGCACGCGGCUCAUGCAGAUCCAGGCAGCAGGUUGGAGACUGAGGUUGAGGCUGGCUGCACUGCAGUACAGCAGUUCUGUUUCUCUGGAGCACAACUUCCGAGACUGGCAGGAUGUGGACGUGUUCCAGAGCAGAGUGGCGUCCAUGGCCUACAUCGGACACGGAACCUACUCAGCCUACGCCAUCACUAACGCUACACAGAUGUUUAGCCGUGAGACAGCGGCCAACAGCCUGAGGGUGAUGUUGCUGAUGACUGACGGCGUGGACCAUCCCCGGAGCCCCAAUGCUGUGACCGCCGCAUCCGAGGCCAAGAACCACAACAUUCGUCUGUUCACCAUCGGGCUGUCGGGUCUACCCAGGGAUAUGCCCACCAAUGCCAGGUUACGUUCCAUCGCCAGCGCCCCGCCACAGCAGCACGUCCUCAGCCUUACAGACAACCUGCUGGAGGAUAAACUUUUCAGGGAACUGAACACGCUUGUCAACACAGGGUGCCCACAGCCGAAGUCCUGUCUGUGUGAUAAAGGAGAAAGAGGUCCCCCUGGAAGCCCAGGGAAAUCAGCCCAGCCUGGAUCUGACGGUUCUCCCGGUCCAAAAGGAUUUCAUGGGGAACCUGGUAUCAACGGAAGGCCUGGGAUGGAGGGUAUCGAGGGUCGACCCGGCACUAGAGGGGAAAAGGGGGAAAGAGGCGAGUGUGGCGUCCGCGGGAUGAAGGGAGAUCAAGGGCCAGACGGACCUCCAGGCCCUCGGGGACCCAAAGGAGAGCAGGGUCUUAGUGGAGGUCCCGGGGACCAGGGCCCUGAAGGACUUGUAGGACCCAAAGGUGACCGUGGACCUGGUGGAGUGACAGGACCUCCCGGGGAUACUGGCAUCGGCUUUCCUGGACCUAAAGGCAAUAAAGGAAACCAGGGAAGGCCUGGACCCACCGGUCCCUUGGGUAUGGGUGAACCAGGACUGCCGGGUCCAUUUGGUCCUCCAGGGGUCCAGGGAACACAAGGGUUCCCAGGAGAGGGUCUACCAGGGCCUAAGGGUGACAGGGGUUACGAGGGUCCUAAGGGCACCCGCGGCACCCCGGGUUCAGGGUUGAAAGGUGACAAGGGAAACACAGGAGCUCCAGGUUUGCCAGGAUUGGUGGGUUUUCCAGGUGCAGGGAUCCAAGGAGAAAAGGGAGACAGUGGUCCAUCUGGAUCUUCCGGCCCUCGGGGGCCACCAGGGCUGGGAAUAGUCGGCCCAAAGGGUGACCAGGGUUUCCCAGGAGAGCAUGGACCACAGGGAGAGAGAGGAGUCGGGGAGCCAGGGUCAAAGGGUGAACCAGGACCUGACGGAUCUUCUGGGAUACCUGGUAUACCCGGGGAAGAUGGAGCGGUCGGACCUAAGGGUGAGAUUGGUUUACCAGGACUGCGAGGGACAGAGGGUGAGCCUGGGAAAGGAAUUCCUGGAGAAAAGGGUGAUCGAGGUGACCGGGGGGUGAGGGGACUACCAGGAACGGCAGGGCCCGUGGGACCUGCAGGAGCCAAGGGAGAGCCUGGCAGUUUUGGAAUGAUGGGUCUACCAGGUCCUCCUGGCAGGGGCCUACCUGGGUCAAAGGGUGACCUUGGACCAGUGGGGCAGUCUGGGCCUGUAGGAGACCCUGGAGUGGGCAUCGCUGGGUCGAAGGGUGAGAGGGGGAACCCUGGACCUGUUGGACCACCAGGGUUGAAGGGAGAUGGCUACACAGGACCUCAGGGCCUCCCAGGGUUGCCAGGGCAACCAGGAGAGUUGGGACCUGAAGGGAAAGGAUUCCCUGGCCCUAAGGGUGACAGAGGUUCAUCAGGACUUCCAGGGCCAACAGGACCUCCUGGUAUUGGUCUGCUGGGACUUAAGGGUUCUGUGGGUCAGCCAGGUCCACCUGGUCUGUCAGGAAUCACAGGAGAGGGCAUCCAGGGGCCCAAGGGAGAGCCUGGGUUCGAGGGGCCAAAGGGCCCCCGGGGGCCUCCAGGGGACGGCUUUCCAGGAGAAAAGGGAGACAGGGGGAUUCUUGGAGACCGUGGGAAGAAAGGAGACAAGGGAGAAUUUGGAGAGCCAGGAUCUAUAGGACCCAUGGGGAAAUCCGGUGAGAAGGGGGAUCCUGGCUUGACAAGAGAGGAAGUCAUCAAAAUUAUCAGGGAAAGUUGUGGCUGUGGUGUGAAGUGCAGAGAGAGUCCUCUGGAGCUGGUGUUUGUGAUUGACAGCUCAGAGAGCGUUGGACCGGAGAACUUCGAGGUGGUCAAGGACUUUGUGAACACCCUGAUUGACCGUGUAUCUGUGAACCGCGAGGCCAGCAGGAUCGGUGUGGUCCUCUACAGUCAUGUGGACAUAGUGGUGGUCAGUCUGACGCAGCAGUCCAGCCAGAAUGACGUCAAGGCUGCGGUGAGGAAAAUGCCGUACCUGGGCGAGGGCACCUUUACGGGUAGUGCCAUUGGGAGAGCCAACCAGCUGUUCCAGGCCUCGCGGCCCGGUGUGCGUAAAGUUGCCGUGGUACUAACCGAUGGGCAGGCAGACCGACGUGACGCAGUGCAGCCCGAGGAAGCUGCCAGGGAGGCCCACACCGCCGGCAUUGAGAUGUUUGUCAUCGGCGUGGUGAAUAAGAAAGACCCGCUGUACGCAGAGUUCCAAUCUGAGAUGAUCGCUAUCGCCUCCGACCCAGACGAGGAACACAUGUACCUGAUCGACGACUUCAUGCUGCUGCCGACCCUGGAGAGUACGCUGCUAACCCAGAUCUGUGAGCACAACGGUGGAACCCUCUUCAUCCACAACCCCAUACCCACCCUUGAGGUUUUCAGAGAAGUCCCAGACAGGGGGGGCAUACCCAACUUUGAGGACGAUUACAGAAGACCUGGACCACCAAUAUUUGAGAAUGAGAGCCCUCCCUCCUCACGGGCCCCAGAAUCCCCCGGCAUCAACGAGAAUGAAAUUGACACUGGCAAGACAUCGGUAUUCGAGGUACCCCUGAACAAGCUCCCAGACGUCAUGACAGCAGCAUCAGGCGGCCAGGGGGGGAAGCAGCAACCCCCUGUUAUCUCUAUGGUGGGACCCCAGACCCCCCAGACACCCACCAACUGGCAGUACAUCCCCAAGACCACCCAGCCUCUGCCAGACAUCUUUGUACCAGUGGUGGGGUGCAGACAGCCGUUGGACCCUGGGCCGUGUCGUCAGUAUGUGGUCAGGUGGUACUACGACCCGGAAGCCAACUCCUGCGCCCAGUUCUGGUAUGGAGGUUGCCAGGGUAACGGAAACCAGUUUGAGUCGGAGGCCGGGUGCAGGAGCGUUUGCGUCCGCACGUAACAGACAGUUGUGCUUUGUUUAAAGAGAGAAGGGCCGUGUGCAAAUUCCCCAAUGAUAAUGUCAGAGGGAUGCACUGAGGACAUGGGCUCCUAUCUAUCUAUCUAUGGCUGCGUACCAAUUCUCUUGAGGAUGGGGAGUGUGUAAGUGCAUACUUCGCAGAAGGGUGGAGAAUCGGGACAUAAGCUUUCUAUCAGUUAUAGUUCGACCAAAGCUCAGGCGAACGACAGCACUGCUACACUGAUGCUCCAGAGAGGACCUGUAUACUGUCUCUUUAUUUCUGUGUUCUUUAUGUAGUCUGUGAACCAGCCCCUGUACUGUACAAAUGUUCAACCUGUUUACAUUUUGUCUAUUUUCACACACUAUUGUUUUUACCCAUUGUGUUGCUUCAAAUAAUUGUCCAAUAAAAAGACACCUUAAUAACUUCCAAACCAAAAACCCUGUGAUCUGAACAGAUUCUCACAGGUCAGGAUUCUCAUGACAUAAAAUGACAUAUCUACUGUAUGUGUGUUGUAUAUUGUCCAGUUCUAUCUCAGUGUCAUCUUUCGCUAACAAACGGGGUGUUAUAUAUCGUGCUCGACCUCCAGAAAUCUGUAGAAGACAGGAAGUAGAUACUUCUAUUUUCAUAUUAACAAACUACCAUGUUAACCUUUGUUUUACUGUAAGUUGUAAAAAAUGAACACUUGGCUGUAAAAUAUAUUUUUGUUUAAUAUUGUACAACAAAAGCAAAGAAGGAAAUGUGAAGCUCACACAACAGAAUAAACGUGUUUGUUUUAAUAAAUAUAUAAAAAA